AAGAUGGUGAGUGACUAAGGGUUUCGGGUGGAUGGUCGCGGUGCCACGAACCUGAAGCGGCCCGAGCGAGAGAACUAGGCGCUGUCCGAGACCCCCAUCCGCCCUCUCCCCGUCCGCUGGCCGGGUCUCCUCGGUGGGCGAAGGUGGCGCUCGGGUCCAUUGCAAACCCGGGACAACAGAAGGGUCCGACUCGCUAUCCUUGCCCCUCCGCCGACCCGGGCUCUGGGUCAGGCGUUUUCCGGGCCGUUCGAGUGAAGGGUUGAGCGAACGUGGGACUCGGUCAGCUGCAGAGGGGUCUGCGGCGUUUCGUGUGGAAGGCCGGAGGUUCGAAGGAGCUCAAAGGAACAGGGCCCCUGGUACUUAGGCCCUGUGUUCAUUAAGUAGCUGCCCCCUUGGUUUGCUUGGGCACCGAGGGUAGCAGGGCUUGAAGAAUUGAUGGCUCUCGGGGCGGUUACACAGAGAAGGCUUACCAUAAACAGAAAGACGCAUGCAAUACCGUGUCCCGAGCAGCAUGGGGUCUGGCUAGGCUAGCAUGUAUGACUGUUCUAUAGCAAGGGGAUGGGGAGAAGUGACAGCAAAGGACCCUAGGAGAAGAUGGGGUUUGAAUAGAGGCCUAAGUUGAAGGAGUAACUCGUGCAAAUGUCUGGGUCCGGAAAGAAGGACCAGCCAGUGUGCAGAGGACCUGAGAUGGGGCUGAGCUUAGCCUGAACCAGGAGCCCGACCACGCAGCGGGCUUAGGAGGACUGUGCGGCAGCGUUCCAGGAUCUUUGCCAGCAGUUUCUCCUUAAUUCUUACAACAGUAACCGGAGGGUCAAAGUCAGAGUGGUGGUCAUGGUCCUGGAGGUGGCAAAAAGGAUGACAAGGACAAGAAAAAGAAAUAUGAGCCUCCCGUACCAACUAGAGUGGGGAAAAAGAAGAAGAAAACAAAGGGACCAGAUGCUGCCAGCAAACUGCCACUAGUGACACCUCACACUCAGUGCCGCUUAAAAUUACUGAAGUUAGAGAGAAUUAAAGACUAUCUUCUCAUGGAGGAGGAGUUCAUUAGAAAUCAGGAGCAAAUGAAGCCCUUAGAAGAAAAACAAGAGGAGGAAAGAUCAAAGGUGGAUGAUCUGAGGGGAACACCAAUGUCCGUAGGAACCUUGGAAGAGAUCAUUGAUGACAAUCAUGCCAUUGUGUCUACAUCUGUGGGCUCCGAGCACUAUGUCAGUAUCCUUUCAUUUGUGGACAAGGACUUGCUGGAACCAGGCUGCUCAGUCUUGCUUAACCACAAGGUACACGCUGUGAUAGGGGUGCUAAUGGAUGACACAGAUCCCCUGGUCACGGUGAUGAAGGUGGAAAAGGCCCCCCAAGAGACCUAUGCAGAUAUUGGAGGGUUGGACAACCAGAUCCAGGAAAUUAAGGAGUCUGUGGAGCUUCCUCUCACCCAUCCUGAAUAUUAUGAGGAGAUGGGUAUAAAGCCCCCUAAGGGGGUCAUUCUCUACGGCCCACCUGGCACAGGUAAAACCUUGUUAGCCAAAGCAGUAGCAAACCAAACUUCAGCCACUUUCUUGAGAGUGGUUGGCUCAGAACUUAUUCAGAAGUACCUAGGCGAUGGGCCCAAACUUGUACGGGAAUUGUUUCGAGUUGCUGAAGAACACGCACCCUCCAUUGUGUUUAUUGAUGAAAUCGAUGCCAUUGGGACCAAAAGAUAUGAUUCAAAUUCUGGAGGUGAGAGAGAAAUUCAGCGAACAAUGUUGGAACUGUUGAACCAGUUGGAUGGAUUUGAUUCAAGGGGAGAUGUGAAAGUUAUCAUGGCCACAAACCGAAUAGAAACUUUGGAUCCAGCACUGAUCAGACCAGGCCGCAUCGACAGGAAAAUCGAGUUCCCCCUGCCUGAUGAAAAGACUAAGAAGCGCAUCUUUCAGAUUCACACAAGCAGGAUGACACUGGCUGAUGACGUAACACUAGAUGACUUGAUCAUGGCAAAGGAUGACCUCUCCGGAGCUGACAUCAAGGCAAUCUGUACAGAAGCUGGUCUGAUGGCCUUGAGAGAACGCAGAAUGAAAGUAACAAAUGAAGACUUCAAAAAAUCUAAAGAAAAUGUUCUCUAUAAAAAACAAGAAGGCACCCCUGAGGGACUCUACCUCUAGAGAACUACAACUGCCUUCAGGAAAGUGGAAAUUUUCCUAGUCAGAGAGGGAUGAGGUUGGGGAAGAUGCCCUGAGGAAUUCAGAUGUCAGUUGAUUUUUAUUACAAAACUUACUCUGUGUCUUUUGGAGUAUGACAUGCAGGACACCCAUCAGGCGAGCUCCAUGUGUUGGUCACUGUGCUGUGCUGCUCUCUGCUUCCCAAUAAAGUGUGCUCUUUCACA